CACUGUUUUCUAACGAACGAUAACGUUUAAAUAAGCCGUUACCGAUAACUCGUCCAAUAAAAUUGGGUUAUAUCCCGUUUGUAACGGAUUAUUUUUGGUAAAUCGUUUGACCGUGGUGUUGAAUUUGAACAUUUAAUACUUGGUAAAAAUGUUCGCAUCUGAAUUACCCAAGCUUUCACCUACUUGGGGCUUGUGCACUUUGUGUCAUAGGAAAGCGGAGUGGUCUUGUGAACGUUGCGUUGAUUUAUAUUGUUCCAUGGAAUGUCAGAAAAAGGAUUGGCAACGUCACCGUUAUAUUUGCUUUCCCAUGCCAAGUUUGGUACCACUUAGUCACACAGAGGAUAUGUUAAUGCGGAAAAAAUUAAUAUCAGAGUCCAAAGGAAAUGAUUUAAGUUGUACGUCAGCCGAUGAGUUAUUGAAAAGGGAUUACGCUUUAAAGAAUACAAAACUCAGCAAUAAAAUAAAUAGUUCUACAGAAAAAGUUAUUUUGGUGAAAUUCCUUUCAACAAAUAAAUGUUUGGUGCGUGCGCAUAUACAGCCGGAUAAUUUCACAGAUAUUCUAAAGGAAAUACAUGCAGUUGGAAAAACUGCUCCUGAAUUAACCGCUUGCCCAUCUGUGGGAUCUGUUGCUCUUAUAUUAUAUAAGGGUACAUAUACUCGAGUUGAAUUGUUAUCAAUCCAGGACGAUGGACACAUUAAAUUAUUAUACUGCGAUUAUGGCUGGAUAGCAACUAUAGCUAAAACUGAUCUCAAAAUGGCGGUAGAUGAUGUUCUAAAAUUUCCCCGUUUGUCAGCAGUUAUAAAACUACAUAAUGUGGUCGAAUGUUUUGAUUCAAAAGUAAUAUGUUUGCUCGAAAAGUUUGAAGGGCUAGAGUGCGAACUGCGUAGAAGUGUCGAGCAGAGCAUUAGUGAAAUCGGAGAGGAAGUUACUUUAACAUGUGGAAGCAAAAACAUAAAUGAAGAAAUAAAUAAAUUAUGCUCCGACACACAUUUUAAAAAAGUGUUCGAAAACGUUCAAAAUUCUCAAGAUAUCGAAAUUAAAAAUAUUAAUAACAACCAGGACCUUUUGCUGGAUCUUUGUUUUGAUGAACCUUGUCAGAAGGAAAAACCAAUUUUAUCACCACCAUUUGACAUAUAUAUAUUUAAAACUAAUUUGACAAAUUUCAAAGUUGUAGUUUUGGACACCUCAGCUUUGAGUUACGGGUAUAUAGGUUGCAUAGCGGAAACUGAUUUGAAAUAUCUAGUUACUGUUCAAGAGUAUUUGAAUAAUUAUGAAGAUAAUGGACAAUUUUAUAAUCCAAAGCUUCAUGAAUAUUGCUUGGCUAAGUUUGAGAAUGAGUGGUAUAGAGCCAGAGUUGUGAAAAUAAUAGGAAGCUCAUGUUAUACUGUUGUGUAUUUGGAUUUUACUAAUGAAAUCACAAUAACUUCACAGGAUAUACGACGUUAUCCUAAAGAUUUGAAUGGACCGUGUCGUACUAACUUGUGCUUAAUUGAUGGAUUACCUACUACACUUAAUGCCGAUCAUAUAAACUUCUUAAAAAAAGAGAUAACGACAGAAUGUAAAAUGGUUAUUGAUAAAGUUAAAGAAGUUGUUCAACAAAUUGUUGUAAUUGAAUGCCCGUCUAUUAUUAAAAAAAUGAGCACCAUUGAAUUAAAUUAAAUGUAAUUUUUUAUAAUUAUACAAUAAUAAACCAGUGAAUAAAAAUUUAAUUUGUUUUUGAUA